AUUUGAAACUAUACGGAGAAAUUGAGUAAAGAGGAGGUGGGGAGAAGUUCAGGGAGCCAAGGGAGGGACUAUAAACCACUGAAGAGAGGCUAAAAUUUCAACACAUCGUCGUCCUCGCCUCUCAUCGCAGGGUUUUGAAAGAUUUCUUCUCAAAGGAAAACUAAUCCACAUCAACCAUGGGUGUAGAAGGAGGAAUGAAGUGUGUCAAGUUCCUGCUUUUCUUUUUCAACUUCAUCUUCUGGAUAUGUGGGCUCGCAUUAAUUGUCGUGGGAAUCCUGGUUCAACUGGGUAUGCACAAAAAUGUCAUGAUCAAAGAUCCAUCAGCCUCCGGAGUGCCCAUCCUUCUCAUCGCAGUCGGUGUGGUGAUUUUCUUCAUCGCCUUCUUUGGCUGUUGCGGUGCCUGGAAAGAGAACUACUGCAUGGUCACCACGUUUGCCGUUUUUCUCUCACUGAUCAUCAUUAUCGAGAUCGCAGCAGCAAUCGCUGGAUACGUCUUCAGGAACAAAGUCUCAGCUGUCGUCCAGGAUAGUCUCACUGAUAUGAUCACCAAUUACAGCAACAGCACAGCUGAAUUCAGAGACAGUGUUGAUAAGCUGCAGAUCGACUUGAAAUGCUGUGGUGUGAACAGUUCUUCUGACUGGAGACACUACAAACCUGAGGGAAACUCUGUGCCUGACUCAUGCUGUGUGAACGUCACCUUAAACUGUGGAGUUGGGACCAUGACAGACGCCAACAAAGUGCACCAGCUGGGUUGUCAUGAUGCUAUGGAAGCAUUCCUGAAGAAAAACAUCAUGUGGGUGAUAGUUGGAGCGCUUGUCAUUGCCUUCCUGCAGAUAAUGGGCAUUGUGUUCGCCUGCUGUUUGAUGAGAGGCAUCCGCAGCGGCUACGAAGUCAUGUGAUCCAGCUUCACCCCUGAGCAGGAGUUGGUCGUUCAGAGCAUACUUUCUGGGAGCUUCAGUUGGAUACAUUAAUAUGUUCAUCUUAUACUUCAAAUACAAUGCACAAAACAAUAUACUUUCCCUUGUAUUGAUUUUGGACUUUAUUUUCAUAGGUUAACAUCUCUGCGUCAUACUGUAUAAGCUUUGGAAUUUCAAAUGGUAGGAAGGAUUAAUGUCCACUUUAUCGUCUGAAUAUGUUCUUGUUGGUGAAAAAGAAUUCUUGCAUCUUUUACUGUGCUUGUUCUGUUGAUCUGUUUGGGCGUCAAGUUUUUUUUAAUGUUAUGCUGGUUUCUGGUUUCUAUUUUUAUUAAAGACUCUUUAAAUUA